AUGAGACUGGCUGCAUAUGCCGGGGCCUCGGUGGCCCUGGCCACGGGUGUAUUCCUGAAAGCCCUACACCAGAGAGCAAAUUUCUACUCUGCAUGUGUAUAUUUGUCGCAGAGUAGUGCGAACGUCAUGCCCCCAAUCCACGGCUCUCAUGGCCGACUGGCGAUUUCUCUGCUUGUGGCGGUCUUCUUUAAUGCGUUUAUGCUGCGUUAUUGCAUCCGUGUGGUGAUUGACGAGGCGCGCGCAGACAUGAUGAUCAUGUUUGGCUUUGAAUUUGCAAUCCUGACCAUCUUAUCGACCUCGACCCUGUGUCGAUACUUUAUUUCGUUGGCGGAACUUUUCAUCACACAACAACAGAUCAAAGCAAAGAUGGAGGAACGCCGUGCGGAGAUUCGAGCCACGCGACAGGAGAUGAUUCGCGAACACGCCAGGGCGGGGGCUAGCUCUCCUCCGACUGAUCUACCCAGUGAGGAUGAUGUCAAUGAGCUGGAGAUUGAUGUUCCAGGCUGGGAAGACAAGGGUCGUUGGGUCUUCUACCUCGAUCUCGUGACGGACUUCCUCAAGCUUGUGGUCUAUCUAGGCUUCUUUGGCAUUCUGCUUCGUUUCUUCGGCUUGCCGAUUCAUAUCCUCCGCGAUGUCGUCGUCACGAUGCGAUCUUUCGCCCGCCGUAUUACAGACUUCAUCCGGUACCGCAACGCUACUCGCGAUAUGAACGAACGAUACCCCGAUGCGACUCCCGCGGAAGUCGCCCGUGAGGACGUCUGUAUUAUUUGCCGUGAAGACAUGAUCUCGGUUCUACCCGCCACGGGUGCUGAAGGAGAAACUGCUGAGCCUGCGGCAAAUGCACAGCGUGUGCCCGACCGUCUGCGGCCCAAAAAGCUGCCUUGUGGACACGUUCUUCAUUUCGCGUGCUUGCGCAGCUGGCUGGAAAGACAACAGAAUUGUCCCACCUGUCGACGUCCCGUUCUUGCGGCUCAGCGCAAUCAAGGAGCGACUGCGGGCACCAACAACCAGGCUGGCAAUGGAGGAAAUGGUGCGCAGCCAAACGGACUUGGUAAUCCUGCUCCUGGUCAACCAGGCGCUCAGGGCAACUUACCACAGGCUCGUGUCUACCAACUCGGGCCUUUCCGUGUGGGCUUUGGCGCUGUCCGAGGUGAUCUGUUCCACAAUCUCCACCAACAGAUUCAUCAAGGAGCCGCGCCGCUGCAACCCCCAGGAAAUGUAAAUCCGCCGCCGGGUGCACGGCAAGUGGGAUUCGGAUUCGGGUUCGGACGUCGUCCAGCACCUCCCACCCCUGUGCAAAAUCCACCAACCUUUACCGCCGGUUCAUCGAACAGUGUCUCCGGUCAGUUGCAACAAAUUGAGCAGGAACUUUCGCAGGCCAUCGCUUCUUUGCGGGCUUCUGCCGAGCACCUUCAACAUGUGAGCCAACUUCAAGCGGAACUUGAUCGGGUAUGUCGACAAAUCGCAAACUCUACGGUCCCGGCACCCACCCCCACUACCACUACUUCGACGAACGUACAAUCAGGUAUACCAGGUACCCCAGCUCAUCAAUUUAUGUCUGAUGCGGGAGCCGUGCCGAUGAAUGCUGGCGACCCGCGAUUACCAGAGGGGUUGACUUUGCCGCCUGGUUGGACUCUCCUCCCUCUUCGCUCUACAGUGCCGGGCAGUGCAGCUGCCAAUCAGGAUGUAGCCCCAACACCGUCGACAUCCAACCCUCCGCAAUCCAACAUGUCCAACGAGGUGCCCCAGGGUUUGAACGCUGAGGCUUCUGGCUCUUCCAACCCCCUCCGUUCUGCAGAGAUUUCCCAAGGCUCUGCGGACAGCGCUGAGGACGGUUCAGCGCCAGCGCCCUCUACCAGCGCCAUCCCCAACUGGUCCAUGUCCAGCGCCUCCACUUCGACUAAGCACGGGGCUGACUCGCCAUCCAUGGAAUGGACAGACGUACAGUCAGAGUCGGUUCAGGAUCCCGGCUCAUCGGCCAUCCCCACCACAUGGGGAAGUGGCGGUCGCUCCGGGACCGGCGAAAUCAAUCCAGGAUUCGAGUCUGCCACCACUGAGUCCUCAUCUAAAGGCAAGGGUCGAGCAGCAACGGGGGAAGAAACCGUUGAGGAGGACAUGUCUUGA